AUGACUAUCCGAAACGAAAUUGCAGAGGAAGUCCGCCAUCUCUCCCAGAAAUAUGGCAAGGUUCCGGGACUGGCAGUAGUGAUUGUAGGGAACAGGAAGGACUCUCAGAGCUAUGUGAGCAUGAAGAGAAAGGCUUGUGCUGAGGUUGCCAUUAAAUCCUUGGACAUAGACCUUCCUGAGGAUGUGUCCCAGGACGACCUUAUUGCCGAAGUUCAUGGUUGGUUUCAUGAAAGAUGA